CUGGGUGACACAGCUCCGCCUAAUUUAGCCUAAGCCCCGCCUCUCCUGCCUGAGGCUCCACCCCCAAUUCGCCCCACCCCGGCCCGUCACGCCCUGUUGGGGCGUUGCCAUGGCAACGGUCCCGACACAUGGCGACAGUGGCACUGUCGCAGUCAGAGCAGACACGUCCCGGCCGUCGGUCCCACCGCGUUGUGACAGUGGGCUCCAGGACAGCAGGACAGCACCGACAGCCCCCGCGAUGGCAGCCGGCACUGCCGGCACAGGACCGCGGUCCCUCCGUGCCCGGGGCGCCUCCCGGAGGUCCCUCCUCGCCCGUCGUCUCCAGCUUUCACCGCCAGGAUUUCAGCCUGUCCGUCCCGAAUUCUCCCCCGGGCUCCCCAGACCCCCACGCCCCGCAGGAUGUCCAGCUCCUCCCGCUGUCCCUCUGUCCCCUCUGGACGUGCCCCCCACACCCCAUGGCUGGUCCUGGCAGAGGCCCAGAGCUCCUGCUGGGAUCCCUCGAUGGGGAGAGGGUUUUGGGUCCCCCAAACUUUUCUUUUCAGCAGGUCACGGGCUCCAGAGACCCUGUGGUGAUCUCUGAGGAUGUGCCAAAACCUCCUCGAGAGCUGCUCCCCUUCAAGCCCAAGCUCAAGACCAUCCAAGUCAUCACCAAGGACCUGAUCCAGGAGCUCAUCAUUCCCCAGGAGAAGCCCCAACCGUGUCUCAUCAUUGGGGAAAAGGAAUACCAGAGGAUCAAGGAAUCAGCUCGAGCCCUGACUGAGCUGGAGCGUUGGGACAGGCUGAAGACCCUGAGAGCCAGACAGGACGCUGCUUUCGAAGCCCUGAAAAAGGCCCAGAAUGAGGAGCAGAGAAAGGCAGAGCUGGAGGACAAGAGGGACUGUCAGAAAGAUGUGGAGGAGGAGCUGCAGCAGGAGGAGCAGAAGCUGCUGCAGCGGGCGAUGAGGAUGAGGCUGGAGCAGGAGGAAGACGUGCGGGAGCUGAACGCGCUGUUCCUCAAUGCCAAGUGCAACAUGAUCCGGGACAAGCAAGUCCUGGAGAAGCGGAUGAUCCACAAGGAACUGGAGGAGGAGGAGAAGCGCCUGGACAAGAUGAUGGAAAUGGAGCGGGAGAAAGGCAUGGAGGUCCAGGAGGAGCUGGAGCGCCAGAGGAAGCAGGAGCUGAUGAGAGCCCGGCAGGACAUUGUGAAACAGAUGGAGCAGAAUGCAGAGGAGCGGGCACUGAGGGCUGAGGAGCUGUACCAGGAGGGCCAGAGGCAGCUGGAGCGACUGGAGCAGAUGAAGAGGGAGGAUCAGAAGGCCUGGGAGCAGAAACAGGAGCGACUAAAGCAAAUCCAUGCCGAUAUUAAACGUUUCAACAUGGAGAGCCAGAGGCUGAAGGAUCAACAGAGGGAGCAGGAGAGGCUGGAGGACGAGCGGGUGCUGGAGCAGCAACGGCAGAAGGCUGAGCGCGAGGCCACCUUGGAGGCGGAGCAGCAACAACUGCGCCUGGAGAAGGAGAAGGAGCUGGCCCGGCUCAGAGCCACACAGGAGCGGGCCCAGGCCUGGCAGGCAGAGCGGGAUGCUCUGAGGGCCAAGAGGAACCAAGAGGUCGCAGACCGGGAAUGGCGGCGGCGGGAGCUGGAGAAGGCGCGGAAGAAGGCUGAGCUGGAGCAGCAGCUGAAGCAGGACCAGCUGGAGCAGGUGGCCCAAAAGGAGCAGUACCUGGCCAUGCAGGUGCAGCAAGACCGCCAGGAAUUCCAGAGGGUGCUCAGGGCCCAUCAGGAGCAGCUGCAGCGGGAGAAGCUGGAGCAGGAGCAGAGGGAGCUCCGGCAGCGUGCCCAUGCCGCAGAUCUCCGGCGGCAGAUCCAGGAGCUGCAGCAGCAGCGGCAGCGGCAGCGGGCGGCCUUCAUUGAGGAGGGCCGGCAGCAGCAGCAGGAGGUCCAGCAGCGCAGCCAGCGCCUCGCCCACUUCAGGCAGCAGAAGCUGCAGGAGUUCAGAGCCACGGGAAUUCCUGACAAGUAUUUUGCCCAGGUGGAGCGCAGGGCCCGGAGCCGAGCCAGCAGAGCCCCCUCCUAGGCCCAGCCCCAGCAGGAACCAGCUGGGAUUCCCCACGGAUUUGGUUUCCAUUGUCCUGGGUUAGGAGGUGGGGUGUACCCAAACUGUGUGUUUGUGUUCUCCUCCCAUCUGCACCAUCCUGAUGGACUGUGAAUGGGUGGGUCACUCCCUGCAGCUGCCCAGUGCCCAGCUGAGCCCUCAGGGAAGGAGGCAAACCCUGCAGGCAGUGUUCCUGUGUCUCCCCAAACUGACUCAGUCCCACUGGGCAGCCUGUGGAGCCUAGGCCACCAAGGAUUCCCCAGAACAUCCCAUGAGUCAUAGGAAUACAUAAUUCCACUGUGAAAUUCCUUGCCCUGGGGAGGUACUGAGCAUUCCUGCCUGAAUCUGACCAUAUAUCAUCUGGGAUCUUUGGGGACUCGGGACCCCAGCACUGCUUGAGGGACCCAGGGGAGGAGCAGACCUUCCACAGGAGGAGCAGACCUUCCACAGGAUGACCAGACCUUCCACAGGAUGACCAGACCUUCCACAGGAUGACCAGACCUUCCACAGGAGGAUCAGACCUUCCACAGGAGGACCAGACCCACCCCUGGAUCACUGCUUUCCACAAGACUGCAACCAUCACUUCAAGAGGACUUCAUCCACCACCCUGACCGACAGGAUGCCAGGUUGUACUCUGCCUUUGUGGUUUUAAGCCAGUUUUUCUGUAUCAUUGCAUUUAUUGUAAUUCUUCUAUUAAGUUGUAAUUCUGACCUGAAAGCUCUCUCAAGGUAUUUGUGCAGUGUUCAUUUCUCCCACUGGUUUACUGUCAAACCAGCACAACCAUUGACUGAGUUUUCCAAUAAAUAAUAUUUUCUGA